AUGGGGAACGGACCGGACGACGCGCCUCUCCUCCCGCACUAUGUCGAGCCCGACACGCCCAUGAUUGGCUCGACCGGGCGGCAUCCGCGGACACGGCCUGGCGCGAGGGGCGGGGCAGAUUCACCGGGAGCUGGAGCGGGAGGAGGAGGCGGUCGACUCGUCGCGUUCUGGCGGCAGCGGCCACGGCUGGUCGGGUCGCUCUUGUUCGCCGUCCUCGUCGUAUUGAUCGUCUUGCCGGACGACAACCGGUCCAAGGCGCACUCGGCGUUGACGAAAGCGGGCGUACCCCUCCCCGACGAACUGCCCGAACGACUGCAGGGCUUUAUCGACUAUCUCAACUUUGACGACGGCAGCAACGACCUGAAAUACGUCCCUCCCCCUCCGCCAGUCGAGACCGAAGACUUCGGACUGCCCGACACGGGCCUCGACACGCCUCACAAAUUCGACCCCAAUGGUCAACUGCUCGUCGAGCCGCUCUCUUCCUUCCCCGAACCGCCCGCACCUCAUCCCAUCCUCACACUCAUCAAGCGCGCCGAGAUCGAGUGGAACAAGAAGGUCCAGCGGCAGAGCAAGACGCUCAAGGAUGCCGUGCACGAGUACCGAAGGAGGUACAAGCGGAACCCGCCGAGGGGUUUCGAGAAGUGGUGGGCGUACGCAAAGGCGAAUCGCGUCAUCCUCGUCGACGAGUACGACCAGAUUCACCGCGACUUGCAGCCGUUCUGGGCGCUCGAACCGGGAGACCUCGCCCACCGCGUCCGCGUGAUGCAAGAGCGCGCCGAGACGUUCACGAUCAAAGUGACGGACGGCAAGACGACGGAAGAAGGCGAGCAGGCGUUCCUCCGUCGCGCCAAGGACCUCUCGGACCUCAUCUCGCGAUUCAGCGCUCAUGUACCCGAUGUCAACCUUACGUUCACGAGGCAUGACCAGCCGGCUUGUCAGCUUGAUGUCUUCCACAAGGAGCGGAUGCUCGAGUUGGCUGCGUUGGGCGAGUACUGGGGCCCGUCCGACUACCUCGAGAACAGCGACGUCCGCCUGUCGAACUGGGCUAUCGGUUGUCCUCCCGACUCUGCGCUCCGGAUGGUCGAGCAAGCCGUCCUCGACGAGAUCGAGGAGAACGGCGAGGAUUCGCCACCUACCGAAGAGCUCGUCGCGCGGUACAAGAAGGCUUAUGGCGAGACGCAGCAGAAGCCGUCGACUUCGCCUGCGAGGUCGUACAUCUACGACCACUCGGCCGCCAUGGACAUCUGCCAGCAUCCCGAGAACAUGAACCUGCACGGCUUCACCUCCGUCUCCGGUACCGAUCCCGGCCCGCUCGUCCCUCUAUUCACUUUCGCCAAGACGAACGUCCACUCCGACAUCCUCGUCACGCCUCUCGAGCAGUACUCGGACACCUACAUCGGCUACGAGCCCGACUGGGAUAAGAAGACGAAGAACAUGCUCAUGUGGCGUGGAUCGACGACCGGAAUCGACUUUUACGUCCAGAAUGAUUGGAAGAACUCGCAGCGCGCCCGUCUGCACUUCCUCGCCAACGACAAGGAGGGGACCAAGAGCGUCCUCUGGGCUGAGGGCGACGGUGCGAUCCGCGAAAAGACGUACAACGUCAACGGCCUCAAUCGCGCGUACAUGGACGUCGCGUUUGCGGGAGGGCCGGUGCAGUGCGACCCCGAGACGUGCGCCUUGAUGAACAAGCUCAUCGACUUCCGCGACACGAUGGGUCUCAACGAGGCGUACCAGUACAAGUACGUGAUGGACGUCGACGGAAACGGCUGGUCCGGACGCUUCCACCGCCUCAUGUCGAUGAAGGCCUGCGUCUUCAAGUCGACCCUCUUCCCCGAGUGGUACGCCGACCGCGUCCAGCCAUGGCUCCACUACGUCCCCGUCAAGGUCGACUACUCGGACUUGUACGACAUCAUGACGUUCUUCCACGGUACGCCCGAGGGACACGGUUCGCACGACGAGUUGGCGAACAAGAUCGGGUUGGCGGGCAAGCAUUGGGCGCGGGAUCAUUGGCGCAAGCAGGAUAUGGCGGCUUACAUGUUCCGCCUCGUCCUCGAAUGGGCGCGCCUCCUUCACCGCAACGACGAAGACUCGCACUCGCUCGACUUCGACUUCGACCUCUAG